AUGUCGCCAGUCGACUCACCUGUCCCCGAGAUGUCGUCGGCCACAAAAGAGAUCCUUGCGCGUGCGCGCCAGCUGGUGCCGCCCAUGCUAUCGAGCUUCCACAAGGGCCAGCUCGGACGCAUUGGCGUCAUCGGCGGCAGCGAAAACUACACGGGCGCACCGUACUUUUCGGCCAUGGCUAGCGCCCGCCUCGGCUGCGACAUGUCCCACGUCAUCUGCACCCCGGCGGCCGGCGCCGUCAUCAAGACGUACUCGCCCAACCUCAUGGUGCACCCGCUGAUGCGCGAGGGCCGCGAGCCCGGUUCCGAGGGCGCCGAGACCGACCCCAAGGCGAUUAGCAAGCGCGUCAUUGACGAGCUGCUGCCCCGGCUGCACGUGCUCGUGGUCGGGCCGGGGCUCGGGCGCGACCCGUUGAUGCAGCAGACCGUCGGCCACGUGGUGGCGGCUGCACGGAAGGCGAACCUGCCGCUGGUGCUGGACGCGGACGCGCUGCAGCUGGUGCAGAAGCAGCCGGAGCUGGUGCGGGGGUACCCGCUGGCGGUGUUGACGCCGAAUGUGGUGGAGUUUGGCCGGCUCGAGAAGGCGUUGUUGGGCGACGACAAGGACAAGGACGGCAAGGAUGACAAAAACGCCGGCGGCAAGGCGCUUCGGCUCUCCAAGGCGCUCGGCGGCGUGACGAUUGUGGAAAAGGGCGCCGUGGACACUGUGGCGGCCUACACGGACGACAGCGCAUACGGACCGUACAAGUCGGACCUGACGGGCGGGCGCAAGCGGUCGGGUGGGCAGGGCGACACGCUGACGGGGGCCAUCGGCACGCUCCUCGGGUGGCGCAAGGCGUACCAUGACGGUCUGUGGGACACCACCAAGUCGGGCAAGCCGCUGGACGAGCGGGAAACGGUCCUCCUCGCGGCCUUUGCCGGAAGCGCCAUUACAAGGGAAUGCUCUCGGCUGGCGUUCGUCAAGCGCGGGCGCAGCUUGCAGGCCAGCGACCUCACAGACGAGGUGCACACGGCGUUUACAAAUUUGUUUGGAGCGGACGAGGAUGAGGAUGCGAGCGGGGAGGGUGCAUCCAAGCUGUGA